UCUAUUUCUAUCUUUAUUAAAAAUAUUGUAUGUGUGUGUGUCUUAUAUUCUCUCUAGUUUUGUAGACUGGGCCAAUCUCUGUCCUUGCAUUUAAAGCUGCCUUUUUAUUAAAUGAACGAUGCAGAGUAGUAAAGAUGAUUGCAUCUUCUCUUAUAAAACCCAAUGACCAAGUGAACAACCUCAUGUCCUUUCAAAUUCAAGGAACUUUGGUAUUUAUGCCUUUUGUAAGGUGGAUUUCACUUUCAUUGACAGCUUCUAGCUGUCUUCUACUCAGUGAAAUAUGAGAAUUUAUGGUUGUUUAGACUUCCAGGUGGUGUGGUGAGAGUAAUUAAUUUAAAUAGAUUGUGAUUUUGUGUAGCUUUCAUAGUGUGUGAGAUGGGUAUAUCUGUUCCUUUGUGUGGAAAGCUGUUCUGGUCAGAGAGAGAGAAACGUGCAUUAGUGGUUUUCUCAGCAAUGGACUCUUCCCAAAUGUUUGGAGGCACUGAAGAAUGCCAAAGCAGUGAAUCUGGGUGGACUAUGUAUAUUGGCUCUCCUAUCUAUGGUGGUGAUGAUGAUGAUGAUGAUGAUGGUGGUGAUGAAGGACAUAGUGAUGAUAGAAGUGAUGAUGAUGAUGGUGAUGAUGAUGAUGGAAAAACUGAUGCUGAUCAAGAUGAUGAUAGUGAUGAUUCCAUGGCUUCCGAUGCUUCUUCUCGCCCAAGUCAUGCAUAUGGGAGUGCAAACAAGAAGGAAGAGAAGAAUUGCUUUGACAACAAACAACAACAGGAAAAGCAGAAAGCUCAAAAGAUGAAGGAAGAAAAAGACCAGAAGAUGUUCAGGGCAAAAAAAGCUGAGGCUCCAUCUCAGAGUAGUGCCAAGGUCAGAAAAAACAUCUGGAUGGGCAAAAGGAAAUAAAUGUUUUUUAGAGUUCUCCAAGUUGUUUUUUUAGGUUAGUAGCUAUGUAGCUGAAAAUUCUCAUAUAAGAAGAAUAGGCUACAAGUAAUGACCAUGUAUUAUGUUUUAGAACUUCUUUAUGUGAGAGUUUGAAUCAAGAACUAAUAUUAAUGGAGAAGCAUAAUGCUUGUAGUUUGUGGAUA